AGUUUGUUUUUGUGAAUGAGCAGUUGUAGCGCGAGGUGGCUGUUGCUUGGUGACGGUGAGGCUCCCCCGGCCCCGCCCAUCCCCCCGUGCAGACGUCACGCGGGGGCGAAGGCGGUUGGGAGGAGAAGUCGCUCGAGCGAGGAAGCGGCGGGAGGGCGGCCGUUAGGAAAAUGGCGCCGUGCGGCCCGGGGCAGACACCCGGCACUGGCCGCCGCCGCCGCCUUCCUGGCGCAGCUGCUGUGUCACGGCCACACCGGCCGGCUGUACAGCAGCCAGGAGCCGGUGAACAUUCUGGAGGCGGAUGGGGUUAAGGACCUGCUUGGGAACUGGUCGGGCGCCUGGGUGGUGGAGUUCUACUGGUCGUGGGGCGGCCCCUGUGUCAACUAUGGGGCCACCUGGAAGGUACUGGGCCCGGGAGGUGAAAGGGCCACCAGAAGCAUUCCCAGUACUCUACAAGUGACUUCACCAACAUCCUGUACAACUUCAACAUGAUGUCCCAACUCCUUUAUUCAAUGGUGUGAACAAUUAAGGGCCACCAGAACUGUACUCAGUACUCUGAAAGUGGCCUCACCAACAUCCUGUACAACCUCAACAUGAUG